AUGAGAGGUUAUGGUGGAUAUAGCAGCUAUGGAGGUGGGUUUGGUGGUAGCCGUGGUUAUGGUAGCAGUUACGGUGGCAGUAGUAGUAGUAGUAAUAGCAGAUAUGGCGGGAGAUCUUCAACUAAUAGAUACUCGUCAUCAUCAUAUGCUGCACCAACACAAACAAGUGGAAACAAAUACACACAAUCAACCACACAACAACCAAAAUACUAUUCAUCCCAGAAGCUAAACCAAAAAUCCAACAAUUAUGGGAAUAGAAGUACUACUAAUGCUGGUCAGUAUAAACAAACCCAACCCAAACAAAACUACCCUCAGUCUCAAUAUAUUCAAGGUUAUGGCAACAACACUAACAACAAAAACAACAAUGGCAGAGGACAGAGUUACCCUUACUCAACUUCAAAAUACAGAUACAAGAACCAAACCGUUAAAAAUAAAACAGUUAAUCAAAACAUCAAUGUCAAUCAACAGCAGCAACAUGGUAGAUUUGGUCGUUUUGGUGGCGGAUUUGGUAGGAUGAUGAAGUGGCCACUCAUGUUUAUGAUGUUUGACCGAUUCAGAAGACCAAGACAUGAACCUAUGCCUAUGCAGCAACAACAGCCACAACAACCUCCAAUUAUAAAUGUAUACAAUCCACCACCACCACCACAAGCACAUGCCCCUGAUGCGACUCAGCAAACUGAUCACAGAGGUGAUGUUAUUGAUAACAAAACAGGCGAAGUUAAUAGACAAGAUGGUGACUGGUAUCCUACUGAAAAUCCUUUAUCACGUAAAAUAAACUUGACUCAAGAUUCAUCCAAUGAUGCCAAUAAUAGUGGUUCUCAAUUUGUUGAAGAUGAUCAUGACAUUGAACCAUCAACAAGAGUUCAAAUCACACGAGCCAAAAGCGAACCCAAACCCAAUAGAUUACGAGAAUUAUCUCAUACUCCCACAAUUGAACCAGUUAGUAGUAAUGCCUCAAGUGGUGGUGGUGGCAAUAAUAAUAAUAAUAAUAAUAAUAAUAAUAUUCUGGAUCUUCAUGAACUUCGUGGGUAUCAUACUAAUGAAAUACCUAAUUUACAAACAAGAUCAAGACCAAGUAAUAAAGAUUUACUGAGAGGAUUGUCUAACCAAACCAUUGGAUUACAAAGUAUUCUUCGGCAAUCUCCUCCACAGGAGUUGUGA